CCGUAACCCCGUUCAGAGGAACCCACCUUUUCUCUCCGGCGUCUCGUCCCUCAAACUGGAUCGGCAUAAAUGAAUGAAUCGCAAGGAAAUAUCAACACACUAUCUCGCAGGGAAAAGUCUCUGUCAAACCAGCCGGCCAGGAGGAAUUUAUGUCGGGCUUGACAAGCAAUUCAACAUGAGUUUUUUCCUCUGGAACUUCAUCCCAAGAUUGUCAAAUGCGUAAAACGGCGACGGUCUUCUGCCCCCUUUGCAAAGGAGUCACGCUGUGAUUAACGGAUCAGGUUUUUGACUGCCAGGACAAAUGAAUACAAAUGAAUUUAGGCACCCGAAGGAGAGAUUGCAGAACCUCUCAUCUAGACACAAAGAGAGCCCUAUUGCUCUGUACAGUUUUAUAUUGUACUUGCUACCUGGGACUUACACAAGUACACUCUGAAGAUGUGGACAUCCUCCAGAAAUUGGGGCUUAAGGGAGAGAAGCCAUCACGCUCUGUGCCAGCAGGGGUCAUUCCAUUCAGAUCGGGGAUCAUCCUUAACCAACGGGCGCACAUUGAGGCUCCAGUGCACUCAAUCAUUCCAGCUGCCAUCUGGCCCAAGUUCGUACUUAUCCUGAGUAUACGCUCACACCGUGUCAACAGUGCUUUCUUCUUCACUUUGCGUUCAAGCCGCAAGGAGCUCCUUCUUGGUCUUCAGCUUGUACCAGGGAGUCUUGUCUUACACACAGGAUCAAACACCUCGGUGGCAUUGCCCUAUGAGCCUCAUGAUGGCAAGUGGCAUCAGCUCGCAGUGGAAAUUAAUGGACAGAAAGUGACUCUAUAUGCCUCCUGCGGAGAGCAGAGUGUUCAGGCAGACUUUGGGUGGGAUGUUGAGGAAGGACUGGCUCCGGAGCUUCAGGGCUCCUUUCUGCUGGGGCGCGCAAGUCAGCAGCAAGCGUCAUCGCACUUUGAGGGAGCCAUCUGCCAGUUCGACCUUGUCCCUUCUGCACAGGCAGCUCACAACUACUGCAGGUACAUUAAGAAACAGUGCAGGGAAGCAGACACAUAUAGGCCUAACCUUUCCCCUUUACUGCCUAUUAUACCACGAGUGACAAACAUCUCAGCUACUGCUGCUAGCCAUAAGCGCAGUGGCGCAGAAACCUCCAGAAAGGCCGGGGGCUCGAGUCUUGCCAAGACUGUUGCUGCUGCUGCCUCAGCUGUCAGACAUGUAGCCGCAUCUCAAACAAUAAAGCCAAAUCGUGGAACCAUCCCCACUCCCCUGCAGGUAACGUUGAGGCCAGUCACAGCCCAGUUUGGUUUGGUCAUCCCAUCUCCCAAGGCCAAGAUCGAAGCUGUAACAGCACCAUUGAGGACAGCAGCACUACCAACGAAGCCACCAACUCCGGCAUCACCCACAACGCCACCAACCGCAAGACCCUCCACAUCUAAACCCUCAAAUCAGAAACCUUCCAAACCUACACGCCCAAAGCCCACGCCUCAAAACAAUCCAAAAAAGACGAACGCAGGGGCAGAGAACAAGAAGAAACCUACUAUUCCUGUCAUCACCCCUAAACCCCCGAAGACAAAGCCUGAAUCCACCUUUCGAAACCAAUCUGCUGUCCCUAGGAAACCACAACCUACAACAGCCAAGAAAACAUCUUCAAAGCCAAAAGUUACAACACCCAGAACCACUUUGUCCAAACCCCAGUCUAAUUCUGUCAAAGUUGUCCCAUCUAAACCAACAAUAUCUAAAGUUAACCCCUCAAAAUUACCAAACUCCAAAACUACAACUGCUAAAACCUCAAAGCCAAUAUCCAAACAGAUUCCCAAGCCAACAAAACCAACCAAAACCAUCAAGACUGCAGUCACUCCCAGACCUUCCAAGCCUUCAUACGUCACCGCUACACCGCCUGCUACCGAUGGCUUUCUUAGCUGGGAAGUGCCCCCGACGCAGUUCUCACUGCUUGCAGGACCUAAGGGAGAGAAAGGAGAUCUUGGCCCACAGGGACUGCUGGGACCCCCAGGGAAGCCAGGCCUGCCAGGCAAAAGAGGUCCUCGGGGCGCCACUGGUCCUCAUGGGAACCCCGGCCGAGCUGGUCCACCUGGUUUAAAGGGGAAAAAAGGAGAUCCUGGCAUGUCACCCGGACCAGCACCUAAGGGAGAUAAAGGCGACUCAGGGAUUAUGGGCCCGGUUGGACUGGCUGGCCAAGCAGGACGAAAUGGACAGAAAGGUUUCCCUGGUCCACCCGGACUCCCUGGAGACACCGGUGAACAAGGUCCAGUUGGAAGCCCAGGUGCCAAAGGUUAUCCUGGCAGGCAGGGUUUACCAGGGCCUAUAGGACCAAAGGGGCCUAAAGGCAUUCGGGGUUUCAUUGGAAUCCCAGGCCUUUUUGGCCUGCCUGGGCCUGAUGGUGAAAGAGGCAUUCCCGGCGAACCAGGGAAGAGGGGCAAGAUGGGUAGGCCGGGCUUUCCAGGGGACUUUGGCGAGCGAGGCCCACCUGGACCAGAUGGCGAGCCAGGGGAGAUGGGAGCCCCCGGUCCAAAUGGAGUUCAUGGACUUAUUGGUGAUAUGGGACCGAUUGGUGAAAUGGGUCGUCCUGGACCUGGUGGACUGAAGGGGGUUCCAGGAAAUCCAGGAGAACCAGGACUGAAAGGUGAUAAGGGGGAAAUUGGGCUUCCUGGAGAGCAAGGAGAGACCGGGUACAAAGGAGACAAGGGCAUCCAGGGGGCUCCAGGUUUACCAGGACUUCGUGGAAAACCAGGACCACAGGGAAAGCUUGGAGAGAAUGGCCCUAGUGGUGCACCUGGACCACCAGGCCUUGAGGGUUUCCCUGGAGACAUGGGACCACCGGGAGAGAACGGCCUUGAAGGACAAAAGGGAAAACCAGGGGCCAGAGGUUUACCUGGGCCAAGAGGGAUGACUGGCUUGGAGGGAGACGAGGGUCCGAUCGGACCACCGGGACCAUCAGGACAGGAGGGUAGAAUGGGAAGAAUAGGAUUUCCUGGAAAGGCUGGGCCAGAGGGACUUAAGGGAGAACCUGGCAUGGCAGGAAACGUUGGGCCCAUGGGUGAAAGAGGCUUGGUGGGUUUUAUUGGACCUGUGGGAGAGGCAGGACUUUCAGGAGAGAAGGGGGAUCGAGGGGAAAUGGGCCUUCCGGGACCACCUGGAGAAAAGGGCUCAACGGGUCACCCAGGGAUCCCAGGUGAGACUGGACCUCCUGGACCUCUUGGAAGACCAGGCACUCCUGGGGCGACUGGACCAGCUGGUACCAGAGGACUUAAAGGCCUGCGGGGAGCAAGAGGGCCCGACGGUCCGACAGGAGAUAUGGGAUUAGAGGGCAAGAAUGGUUUUGAUGGUCCUCCAGGAAAAAUAGGUUUCCCAGGAUCCCAGGGCAAGAUCGGGGAGUCAGGGGAAACUGGGCCUAAAGGUUUUCCUGGUAUCCAAGGACCUUCUGGACCUCCAGGGGACAAAGGAAUAGAGGGCGAGCCGGGACCACCCGGGCCACCUGGGGUUGUAGGAUUGUUAGGAGAACUUGGUCAAAAGGGUCCUCCAGGAAAAGUGGGGGAACCGGGGCUGUCAGGCGAGCCUGGAGAGAAGGGUGCCAUCGGACCUGCUGGGAACAUCGGAGAGCAAGGACUGAUCGGACAGAGGGGAGAGCCAGGCUUAGAGGGAGAAGCUGGUCAAGCUGGUCCUGAUGGAGCCAAGGGUGAAAAAGGAGACAUGGGUCAGGAGGGUGGCCAAGGUGAAAAAGGUGAAACUGGACUAAAGGGAAAGGAAGGUCCAGCCGGUAAUCCCGGUCUCACCGGUGUCCGAGGUCCAGAAGGGAAGCCUGGUAAAAUUGGGGAGCGAGGCAAACUAGGAUCAAAGGGUGCCAAAGGACAAAUGGGGGACCUUGGAGAGACUGGGCCGAUAGGAAAGACUGGACCACCAGGUUCUGUUGGGCCGAAGGGGUCCAGAGGAACUAUUGGACAUGUGGGAGCUCCUGGUCGAAUGGGUCAACAGGGGGAACCUGGCCUUCCUGGUUAUGAGGGUCAUCAAGGUUCCCAAGGUCCUAUAGGGCCUUCAGGACCAAAAGGUGAAAAGGGUGAGCACGGGGAAGAUGGGAAAGUAGAGGGUCCUCCCGGCCCUCCAGGUGACAUAGGACCUCCAGGUGACAGGGGAGAGAGAGGGGAACCAGGAGACCCAGGAUACAAAGGUCAAAUUGGUCUGGAUGGUGAACGAGGUAGACCUGGGGCUUCUGGACAACCUGGGCACCCUGGACCUCGGGGACAGCAAGGACCCAAAGGGGCCAAAGGAGAUCUAGGUCAAAAAGGCAAAAGGGGUCAUUCAGGAACAAAAGGAGCCAGAGGACCAGAGGGCACAGGUGGUCAUCAUGGUCCCAGAGGCGUGGUGGGCCCGGAGGGGCCAGAGGGAGUUCCCGGGAUAGAUGGAGUUCCUGGAAAAGAUGGCAGCAAAGGCAUGCCGGGUGAACAAGGUGAUGAUGGAGAGCUGGGUCUUUUUGGUAAAGCUGGUGGGCGUGGAAAAACUGGUGUCCCAGGACUCCCAGGAGAUCAGGGGGCCAUUGGACCUAAGGGUGAGCGGGGUCUUCGAGGCCAGAGAGGAUCUCUGGGAAAAAGAGGCUUCAGGGGUGGAAUGGGACUUCCGGGACUACAGGGAGACCAAGGUCCUAAAGGACAACCUGGUGAUACAGGGGGACCAGGCUUUCCAGGAAUUCUGGGAGUUUUUGGACCAAGGGGACCUCCAGGAGACUUUGGGCCAAAGGGCAUUCGAGGACCAAAGGGACCACAGGGUACAAUGGGUAAAAGAGGAGUUAUUGGCCCCGUGGGAAUUAUCGGUCCCAUUGGAAGUGCGGGUUUUCGAGGAGACAAAGGCAACCGUGGAGAGACUGGAUUUCAAGGCCCAAAGGGAUCCCCUGGACCUCGCGGAUCCCCUGGACCUCCAGGUCCUCCAAGUGUCCCUUUGUCAUUUAAAGAAGAUGGCCGUUUGUUUGAGGAUUCAUUCACUCCUGUCAGAACUGAGAAACAAAAGCCAGUGAUGGACCUGCCAAUGCUGGACCAGGGUGCAGAGAUCUUUAAGACCCUCCACUACCUCAGUAACCUGAUCCAGAGCCUAAAGAACCCACUGGGAACUCGGGACAAUCCUGCCCGCAUCUGCAGGGACUUGCACAGCUGUGAACAGAAGUUAAAUGAUGGCACUUAUUGGAUUGAUCCCAACCUGGGUUGCUCUUCAGAUACAAUAGAAGUCUCUUGCAACUUUACUGGAGGUGGACAAACUUGCCUUAAACCAAUAACAGUAUCCAAGCCAACAAUCAGUGCUGGUCGUGUCCAGAUGAACUUCCUGCACCUGCUGAGCUCAGAGGCUGUUCAGCAUGUCAUCAUCCACUGUCUGAACGUCUCAGUGUGGAGCUCAGCUGAGGAUCAGCUGUUUGCCGACGGGUCUGUGAGAUUCAAGGCCUGGACUGGGGAGGUGUUUGAGGCGGGAGGAGAGCUUGAGCCAGAUGUUCUGGAGGAUUCCUGCUGGAUGAAGGAUGGACGCUGGCACCAGACGCAUUUUGUGUUCCACUCCCUGGACCCCACCUUGCUUCCUGUGGUCGACAUCUACAACCUCCCAAAAACUAGUGCAGGUUCACAUUACCAUCUAGAAGUAGGUCCUGUUUGUUUUCUUUGAGGGGCCAUUGUCUUUUGAGCAUGGAUACACAGGCAACCACCCCUGCAAGAUGCAUUUAUUCAGGUGUGGAGAGCAGGCACGUCUUAAAAUCAUGUCCUAAAACCCAUCCAAGUGAAAAAAAGGCACCAACCCCCAGCAGAUCCUACUUCAGUGCCAAAAUCCCGCUGGACUGCAGAAACAGAGGUCAGAAGCAAGGGGAACAAGGGGAAAAAAAACAAAACAAAUUGGAGAUGAAGAGGAGCAGAGGAGUUCUUGCACUAAUGGCUUCUCGGUACAGCAAAAGCUUCUCCAAGCUCCUCAAGAGGAAUCUCCAUGUGGAUGCUUGCUUGAAGGCAGAGGGCCAUGCAAUGUCUCCAGAACAUUGUUCAGUAAAGGGAGAUCAAAGUGAAGUUCAACAUUGGACAUUUAAGAUAACUUAUUUUGUAACUUUAUACAGUCUGUAUACCGUGUGUACUUUUUUGAAAUAGCAGAAAUUUAAUUACGUAAGAAUAAAAUAAUUAGUGUAAUUGAGAUUCGGAUCAUGUAAAUGUACACACACACACACACACACACACACACACAUACACACACACACACAAACAAACACACACACACACAAACAAACACACACACACACACACACACACACAAACACACACACACACACACACACACACACACACACACACACACACACACACACACACACACACACACACAUUUAAAUAUACAGUAUAUCUUAUGUAAAGAAAUAAACUUUAAGUGCAAUAGAAAAUAAGGCUAAUGAGAAGAUAAUUUGUUAAUUAUGGGAGAUUCUUUUAAGCGGUGCCAUUUUAUUUGUCUUUGGUGCUCAUCUCCUCAUGAUCUUACAUACAAAGAAGACUAGUUUGCUUAAACUGAGCAUUUGGAGCAGAACUGCUUCAAAUGUUACGUUUUGUGUUUUUUCUUUGACUGGAAUACCAGUGGCACGCAGUCGGCUCAUAGUAAAAAAGCCACAAACCAAAACGUGCAAGAUGCCCAAAUGGAGUAUGUCAAUGUUUUUAAUUGUUAUUACACACAUUGCUAUUCAUGCAUUAUUGAACCGGAUGCCACUGUUGAAGAGGGAGAAUUUGGCGGAGAUUACAUGUCAGAUUUAGGAAGAAGACAAUUAUAGAGCUCAGGUUCUCAGUAGUGUUUUGCUAAAUCAUCUCUAUCUGUGGGGUGUGAUAGUUUCUUGCUUCUUCUUUUAUGAUUAAAAAACAUUUUAAAAAAAAAAGAAGUGUUAUUAGUUAGUUAGUCAGCACCACCUAUGCUAUCUACAACAGACAGACUACAGGUACAGGCAAUUCUUAGAAGAGAACUGAGCCACAGGAGGGAGGAGAAUGGGUACAGGAAUCCAAAUAAAACCUUUAUCUUUUAUCUCAUCCUCCCCCGAAUGCAUGGUGCUAAGUAAAUAACCUAAGGUGCUUACCAUAGUGCUGUUAUUACACCACUUUGCUAAAAUGUUCAUAAUAUUUAUAAUGCAUGCUUGCUUAGAUAAAUAAAAACCCCAUGUAAAAUAUUACCGUAGGUUCCUAAUGCACUACAAUUGUGAUACCCAAUCCAACAGGACUUCGUUUCUAAAUUGUCAAUCAUUUUUGGGGAAUUUCCAAGCUAUUUUGUUCAAUGCUGCAAUUUCAAGAAGAUGCUUUUUUGUCUUUUGCUUUUUUUGUUGCUAGAGAAAACACAAAUAAAGAUCAAACAGAUCUCUGCUUUUGCAUCCAGUAUAAAUUACAGGGUUUGAGGUAUUUCUAAAGAGUAAAGUUUUCAUUUUUCUGUAUAAAUCCCCCCUCAGCUGUAUGUAAUAUUGUUAGAAACUAGUGGGGAUAAUUUUAACUAAAUAAAAUAUUGCUUUGUUGUAGCUGGACACAAGUGUGUAUAAUUGUGUAAACCUUGCUGUAUACAGUGAACCCCCCUCUUGCUAAUUUAAUGUUAUUUAAUGUUAAAGUGGUUGCUGACUGAGCAAUUCUUUUGUUGGUUGCAGCAAAUCUAUUCUUUCUGACAACUUUAUAUAGCAGUUAUCCCAACUGGUCUUGGAGUUUAUAGAGUUUUUAUGUGUAAAUUUGGGGCUCCAGAGAACAAAUUUAUUUGCAAUGUUAAUUCUUUUAUUUUUUUAAAUUUUUUUAAUGCUGUUUUUCCUUUAUGAUAAUCAACCAUGUACUGUACCAGAACUGUGCUAUACUAUAACUUGUGUUUAAAGAAUUAUGCAAAUAUGUGAAAAUUGUUUCUUCUUUUUGUAAAUCUGUUCUUGACAAUAAAACAAGCUAAGAAUACCUCACAAUUGUACACAAGACUUGGAGCAAAGAUUUUCUCUUGCCUAUAUAAUUCAAACUUGUUUGGAACACAUCAGCCAAAUGCAGCAAGUCAUCAAACUCUGAAUAAGACCAAUUCUGGUGAUUCGUCUUUUAUCUGUCUUCUUUUUAGUCAUUGUUCAGUGUACAUUUGUUCAAUAAAUACUCUCAAUUUG